AUGAAACGCACCACGCCUUCUCCGAAACGUCGGGGACUCUUCAGUCAUGACCCACGCCAACUCAAUCCCCAGAUAUCUGACCUGUGUCCUGAUUUUAUCAAUGUCAGCCCAGCCGGUGCCAGGUCGAUGAUCGAAACGAUCAACUCCGAGCACGCUGAUAGACACUUGGCUUUCCAAAACACCAGCGACCAACUCGAGCUUCUGAGGCUCGAGGUCUUGCGUCUCAAUUUAUUGGAGUCCACGAAAUCCAAGUAUAGUCCAGAAAGCGAGAUGUCUCCUCAAUGCGCGACCCCCGUCUCAACUGAAGACUUGAGUUCCAAUGGAGAACCCGGUCCCACAGUCCCAAACUCAACGCGAUCCUCGAUGCGACCCCGUGCUGCAGUCUUGAGUGAAAGUCAGAUCAGUAUUCUUGAUCUCGGUCCCAGUCUACACUCUACCCAUCUUUCAGCUCGACCCUCUCGCAGCAACUCAUCCUCUUCAAAUGCUCACACCGAUCUCGCCCGUACCACUGCUCCCAGCUUUGUGCCGGGACCUGGCAGCGACAGUUCGGACCAACAAGUUGAACGCCACCUCCGGACAGACGAGCUUGAAUCUCUCGCUCUCACUUCCGACAGUGGCUCCGUCAACAACGAGUUCCCUCUCAACCUACGUCAACGCCGCCAGAACCGAACCAACAUCACUUUGCCCAACCCUCAGGAUCUCCGCCCUAAUCGCAUAAUCCGUGCAUUCUCCCUCAGUGGUACUCAUAGUGCGAGAGAUGCAUCUCCUAAUUCCUUCUCUGACGAGCCCAUUCGCCGGAUUUUCUCGCUCUCUGUUCCGCAAUCUCCCCAGUCUCCAGCUCUGCCCCCCAAUGCAACUCUACGACGUGCUCAGAGCUCCUUUAGUGGAAUGGACCCGGCCUUUUUGGCUAUGCGUAAUGCAGAGCGGGCGAGACAGAACGCAAGCGAUACUACAGGCCCUCGGAGUGCCGAUCGGAAGUGA